GAGAGAGGUCUUCCUUGGGCGAUCGACCGGAGCGCGUCUUCUCCGCCCGGGAUCCCCCGCGCCGGCGAUCGAAUCCGGCGGACGCGCGACGAAGAAGAAGAAGAAGAAGAAGAAGAGAGAAAGCGGGGCGCGGUGAGAAUCGAUGGACGAGGUGCUCACGGUGGCGGACGGGACCUCCACCUCCUCGGCCGCCGCGUCGGGCGGGGAGGCGGCGUCGCUCCUCCCCUACAACCUCCCCCUCAUCUCCGCCUUCCUUGCCUUCGCCCUCGCCCAGUUCCUCAAGCUCUUCACCACCUGGUACAAGGAAAGGAGAUGGGACUCCAAAAGACUGCUAGGCUCUGGUGGAAUGCCAUCAUCUCAUUCUGCAACUGUCACUGCUCUAGCAGUGGCUAUAGGUCUGCAAGAAGGAACUGGAGGAUCUGCAUUUGCCAUUGCAAUUGUCUUGGCUUGCGUUGUGAUGUAUGAUGCCUCAGGUGUGAGACUUCAUGCUGGUAGACAAGCCGAAUUAUUAAAUCAAAUCGUUUGUGAGUUUCCUCCAGAGCAUCCGUUAUCCAGUGUUAGACCUCUACGCGAGUUACUUGGGCAUACACCACUUCAGGUUGUUGCUGGUGCUAUUUUGGGAUGUGUUGUCGCAUACCUGAUGAGAAAUACUAACUAGGAAAGGGUUGACAGUAUAGAUUCUUUGUACCACCAUUCAUAGGAUGAUCCCAGAGAGAGGCUAAUGAAGAUGUGUUUGAAGCUUAUUUUAAGUGUAUUAUUAAGUCGUGGCAAAAUAGUGGUUGCAUAUGCAUGUUUGCUUGUAAGAUACGUUACUUCUUCAUAUCAAUGAACCGUUUCUCCAACCUCCUGUUGAUGGUGAUGA